AUGAGUACCACUCGAGAUCAUACCAGCUCGCGUAUACCGCUCAGCGUUAAGAAUGUCCCAACGACGCAAGAUGCGCUCGCUCGUGAGGCCGCGCUGCUUCGUAAACCCACGUCGCAGCAGCCGCCAGCGCGAGCUUCCGUAGCAUCCGGGUCCACUACUUUUGCUCGUCCUCGUGUCACUACCUCGCGGUUGCCUAGCUUUGUGUCACGCUCACACCUUGGAUUGGAUCGUUCGAAUCAGGAAAACACACCUCUCCAACCUCUUGCAGCCACUCCCAAAAAGCGCGCUAUACCCAUCGACGAAGCACAUGCUCGCAAUGUUGUCGUAGAAAGCCCAAGCAAGCGCAGCCGCUCCUCCAAAACAGGCACCGACAGCAGUAAUACAGAACAGAGUGUCGGCGCCGCUCUUGCCAGCGACCUCAACGGCAUUCGUGUUAAUGAAGCACGUCGACAAGCUCAAUCGACCCAGGUGGCUGCUGCGGCGGCACGUCCGCGGCGGCCGCAACAAGCUAUCGCAUCCACCACAGCCACGGCUUCAGCGACUUCAGUCAAGACGAACAGGACCAUUCGCGAGCCGAUGGAAGAGCUCGCUCCCGAGAUCAGAAGGAGACAAAGCGAGCAAGAGAUCUGGCGACAGAAGUUCCUGCGUGCGUUCCCGCAAUUCAUCUUUCACUUCGACUCGGUGGACGACAGUACUGCAAAGAAGUUCACCGCGCUCAUUCACAAGCUCGGCGGCCAUGUCGACCAGUUCUUCUCGAGAAAGGUCACCCACGUUAUCACGACCAGAGAAGUCCCGGACGAGCAUGUUCCGGAAGACAACGGUGCUUCGGCCGCGUCCAACAUUGCCGAGAAGUCAGGCGCACACAAGCUCUUCCGCCCCAGCUUCUUGGCCACCCGCACGUCGUCCACCAAGACGGGUAGCAAUACGGCUCGCACGCGUCCAGUGCCCCUCUUCUCGGAACGCAACCCCUUCCAUGAUCGUCCACCUCCCAAAGUCAGCUCCAACGACAUCCUUGUCAAAGCGCAGAACUUUGGCGCCAAGGUGUGGCGGUUGCAAAAGCUUCAGAACGUCUUGAUGCGUUUGAUGAGGUUGUCGCCCAACGACCUUGGCGCGUCAACCGCCACGAAACAAGACCUCUCGCAAAUGCUUGAGAAGGAGAAAGUUUACGGCACGACGGAGAGAGAUCCUGCCACAGCCCGAUCCAGCUUCCACUACUUUGACAAGUCGACCUUCUACGUGCUGGUUGAAGAUGCGACGCUCGAGCAUCGACCCAUCAUGUGCACCAAGUUCCAGUAUACCCGCGAUGACAGAAAGCAAGGCAUUCCUCCACCUUGGCCGGUCGUGUACGGCCAGACUCCUGGUAGGUGCCCCUUCACCUACUAUCCACCCAAGGAACCCAAGGACAAGGCUGCGAAACAAGAGGAAGGCGAAGCUCCAUCAGCUCCCCGACCGACCACGCAGCAGAGCCUUCGCAGAGCUGUCUCGCUCAACAACAUGGUCCGCUCCAAUCUUGGACCUGCUUUCCGUCCUCAGAUCGCACCGAUCCGCACGACCGAGCAGAGGCAGCAGGAAUACCCCAUGGCGUCGGGCAACAGUAUCUCAAUCACGUCCAACAUCGCCUCGACCACUUCCAACAUCUUCACUGACCAGCAGAAUGGCGCUACCGUUGGCCUGCCGCAGAAUCGCCGUGUUGCCGAGCUCAACCGCAGGAUGCAUACAUCCAACGCACCUCUGCGCCAGUCACGCACUCUCGAUGCCAGUCCAGCGAGUGUCAUGGCUGGCAGUGCAGCCAGUGGUCUCGGCAUCCGUCGCGAAAGUGGCAGCGCGAUCGUCGGAAGUCCCGCCACCGCCGUUCAACGCAGUGGUGCCGAACAAGGUGCCACUGUCCGCAGAAUGCUCGGUUUGGAAGACAAGGAGCGUGGCAACGGCCUUCAGCGCAGCGUCAGUACCAGCGCCAUCACCCGACCGCCCUCUGCCAAGAAGCCAGGCUACUGCGAGAAUUGCCGAGUCAAAUACGAUGACUUUAUGGAGCACAUCUACGACCGCAGACACCGCAAGUUUGCCACCAAUGAGGCACACUUCGUCGACAUUGAUGCGCUCAUUAUGCGUGUUCAACGUCCCAUUCGAUCGGUGUCGGAGGAUGAGCUGUCGUCAGGCUACUUUGACUUUGAGGCUAUUCCGUCUUCGCAGCCCGAGGAGAAUGUGCUUUAUACGGAAUCGGAGGAGGCAAGCGUCUCUGCUGGGUCACCGGAACUGGAAGGAAAUGAGUUCGCCAAGGCCUCGACGGACCAGCGUGAAGUCCACCACCAAGCGUAA